GCCGGCUAUUUAUAGUGUGGGAGAGGCGCGAUUGGUUGUUGUAAUAUUGAUUUGAGAUCGGUUCAGCGAUGCGAAAAUUCAACUCACGAUCAUCUUUUCGCUUUUGUGCGCGAUUAUCUCAUUUUGUGGCCCGCUUGGUGGGAGACGCAGACUCCGCAGCUUUUUCAGUCUCACUUUGGCAUCCCCGUCAGAAUCACUUUGACCGUCCUGUGGGUGAUCGCCAUCCAUUUUCUUUCCUGUACAUUGAGGAAAUUCAGGAAGAAGAGGAGAAAAUUUUGAGAUUUGCGUGAGUGGUGGUGGAAUCUUCGGAAGAAGAAACUAUCGUGUGAUCGUGCAAGUGUGGAAAAUUGCGCGGUGUGUUGCCCACUUUGACGUUGGCUCAGUGUGAUUUUUCUUCUUUCUUCCCAAAGAGAAUCUCACUGUGAGAGAGGGCACAAAAAAAAACGAGAAGAAAGAAGUAAAUAAUCAUGACACACCGAUAUAUUUGACUUUCUUACACAAUUUCUCAAAAGAAAAAUUUUCAUUCGAGUGCUAUUUAGUUGCAAUUUAUUAAGACACCAAAUUUGUGUGGCGAUCACACGCGAUUUUUGCCCAUCUGAAGACGUGCGAUCGCCAGGUGAUCUUGUAUACGAGUGCGUGAUCCCAGAGAGGCGAGCGGAAUAUUUUGCAUUGUGUGAGAUUAUCCAUUUUAGGAAGUGAUUUGGGGGUGCGAUCUCCCCAUCUGGUGCGGAGUCAUCUCCGUUUGGGUGAUCAUCUGCGUUCUGUUGAAGAGGGUGUGUGGCCAUCGUGCGUGAGAGAUGGGGAAGGACUACUACAGAAUUUUGGGUAUUCAGCGUGGAGCGACAGAUGAGGACAUUAAGAAAGCGUACAGGAAAUUGGCGCUUAAAUAUCAUCCGGACAAAAAUAAAGCAGCCGGAGCUGAGGAUAGGUUCAAGGAAGUCGCAGAGGCGUAUGAGGUGCUGUCGGAUAAAAAGAAGCGCGAUGUUUAUGACAAAUUCGGCGAGGAAGGCCUGAAAGGACGGACGUCCAAUGGCGGUGGACCAACAACAAAUAACUUCACAUACCAAUUCCACGGCGAUCCACGAGCAACAUUUGCCCAAUUCUUCGGCUCAAGUAAUCCCUUUGCGGCCUUCUUUGACCUGUCGGAUAAUCUAUUCGAGAAGAACAGCAUGUUCGACAGCCUCGACACAGACACAGACUUUUUCUCACCUUUCGGCUUAGGCGCGCGACACGGCCUAGGCGGGGCAUUUAGAUCACAUUCAUUCAACGUUCACACACCGCUGAGGAAGGAAAAGCAGCAGGAUCCACCCAUAGAGCAUGACAUGUACGUAACACUGGAUGAAAUUAACAAAGGAUGCGUGAAGAAGAUGAAGAUCUCACGGAGAGUCCUGCAGCCGGAUGGUUCACCCAAGAGGGAGGAAAAAUACGUGAGCAUAGCCGUAAAGCCAGGCUGGAAAUCGGGCACGCGGGUCACGUUCCAGAAGGAGGGUGAUCAAACACACGGAAAAAUCCCUGCCGAUAUUGUUUUCAUAAUACGGGACAAACCACAUCCCAUCUUCAAGCGUGAGGGCAGCGAUAUCCGAUACACGGCGAGACUUUCACUAAAACAGGCUCUCUGCGGUGUGGUGUUUGAAGUGCCCACAUUGGAUGGGGAGAAGAUACGGAUUAGCACAAUGCAGGAAAUCAUUAAGCCGAAUACGGUGAAGAGAGUUAAAGGAUAUGGACUGCCAUUCCCCAAGGAGACAAAUCGCAAAGGGGACCUCCUCAUUGCGUUUGAUAUCAAAUUCCCUGAAAAAUUGACCGCGGCCGAGAAGGAGCUUCUCUCGGAUCUCCUACCAAAUUGAUUACAUCGCACCCCCGCCCUCCCGGCACGUAUGUAUUUUUUAGCUGUGAUUCUUUCUUCAAAGAAGCACAGCUUCUGUGUACACUCAAAAAUGCAAAGUCGUCAGAUCGGGCUCAAACUUGGGAUGAGCACGAAUUAGGGUCCCUACAUUCCAAAAAAUGGUGGCGCCAAAAAUCUUUCCGGCCGGCCGUCCGUCCGUCCGGCCGUCCGUCCGGCCGUCCGGCCGGAAUGUAACGCAAUAUUGCAAGAGAACGGUGAUAGAUAGAGACUUGCGGUCAACGGCAAAGUUCAUAUAUCGGGUGGAAGACAUCCGAUUAUGAUGUCAAAUCCAACCCCCCACCCUCGCGUCCGCCAUUUUGAAUAACCCCAAAAUUUUGUUUUUGAAAUAUCUCCGGUUUUAUUAUAGCUAGAGAUCUGAAAUUUUGAUAUGUUGUAGGGGCCAUCAAGACCUUUCCAACGAUACCUCAUUUUCGAAAAUCGGUCAAGCCGUUUAGCUAAUAUGGCCGCCACAAUUUUUCAUCGAAAAUCGGCCAUAACUCGAGAACGGCUUGACCGAUUUUGAUCAACUCGGGCUCAAAUGAAAGAUAUUAAUCAGCCCUACAACUGCUCGGAACAUCGAAAGUUCAAAAAAUGACCGCAAGUGGCGCUAAAAUCGAAAACAAAAUUUUCGAUGAGUUUUCGAUGAAUAAGUCGAGCACCGCUUUAUAGAAUUGCUUCAUAUUUUGAUAUGUUAUAGUUGGCUAUAAUAUCUUUCAUCAUGCCAAAAAUGAAGAAAAUCUAUGUAGCCGUUCCAGAGAUAUCGCCUUUUAAACUUAACAUGUCAUAUCUUGAGUUGCAUAAAACCAACGCCCCGCGAAGCGGGGCGUUUUAUAUAUACAUAUAUAAAAGUAAAGUAAAAAAUAUAUAAAUGCAAAGAUAUAUACAUUAUAUAUAGAUAUAAAAAUGCAAAGAUAAAAAUUAAAUAUAGCAUGGAUGGAACAGUAUAAAGCGAAAGAACGGUAAGUAAAA